CGUCAUUCGUCUUUCAUUCGUCGGGCGCGAUCGUUCGCGUCGUUGUGCAGAAUAGAGUUGUAGCAAGAAAGAGAGCAGCCAAGCGUCUUCUUCUUUGCCGAAGAAUGAACGUUUUCCCAGGCCGCAGCCGCAGUUGCAGUAUCUCCCGGUCCCGGUAGCUCUCGCUUCCCAACCCCCGCCACCCACCUUCAAGCGUGUGGAUCCGUGUGUGCGUGUUACCAUUUGCAUUUCAGUUUAUUUUUUUUUUUCGUUCCAUUUCGCUGUGUUUUCCGAACUCCGAAUCCAAAUUGACGCCGCAUUGCAUUGCACUGUGGAUUGCAUAGCUCCGUACGGUACGGUUUUCGGAGCCUUAAAAAUAGCCUUUUACAGUAAUUACUGGGCGCAAAAAAACGUGUUUUUUUUUUUUUUGAACAAGUUACAGUUACAGCUGCACCAAAAGAAAGCAGAAAUCAGAAAUUUUACUCAAAAGUGUAUGGCCGAAAAAAGAAAUACAAAAAAAAAUAGUGUUUGAAGAAAAGAAGAAAAUCUUCUGCCAGCAGCGUCUUCUAUUUGUUCCAUCUGUUAACAUUGUGCUCAUAAUUUAUUGUACAACAAAUAUGCAAAUAGAAAGCAACAAAUUUGUACAGCAAGUGGAAUAUUUCAAAGCUUAAGAAAAGUGGAGCGUUUCGUGGCUGAUGGAUAGUGUAAGGUUAGUAGGCUACAGGCACGGCUCUGGCACGGCUCUGGCUCUGGCUCUGGCACGGGCACACAAACUUUGACUUAAGUUCACGUUGAGAGACACAAAAAAGUGGAACAAAACGAUUGCAGCACGCACUCACUCCCGGAGGCAAUUUCCCCCCAGCCCCCCCGUCGCCGUCGCCGCCACCGCCGCUUUUCCCGCCAAAAAAAGCAAUAAAAUCAACGGCAACAGCACCACCAACAAGAUAGAUAGCAAAAGCAACUGCAAAAACCGUAACAGGCCGUUGAACGGUGGUACAGCAACAACUGCAAGCUCGAGAGAGGGAGAUUUAACGAUUUGCUGAGAGAGAGAGAGAUUGGAAACUGCAAGCAAGAAAGAGAGCAGAAACUGCAAGCGCAAAUCGAUCUGGGAACAAAAACUGCCUGCGAAAAAGGUGCGAGGGUCAGCGAUUAAGAAGAGAAACAAAGGAUCAACAGAGCGGGCAGCAGGCUUAGAGGAAGCAGUAAGGGUCAAAGUGCAUCAAAGGCAUUAAUUUAAAUUGGAUAUUAUGUGCGCAACGGCAGCAGGAACGACACAAGCCACAACCACUGAGAGCUCAUGUAUGACAAAACCAAGAAAUCGUGGGGUCAACGGCUCAAGACACUCGGCAGCAGCCACAGUGGAGGAGACGCCUCUCUAGGCACCGUCAGCGGUAUGCAGGCCAUGCAGCAGCUGCAGUUGCAUAUGCAGCACCAGCAGCACCAGCAGCAGCAGCAACAACAACAGAUGCAACAGCAGCAACAACAGAUGCAACAGCACCAUGGACACCAUGUACACCACUUGGCCGCCUACCAGCUGCCGCCGCCCGUUGCCGCCGAGUUCCUGCCCAGCGCCCUGUCGCGCUCCAUGAAGUACGCCGAGCCCUGGAUCUAUGGCACUGUGCGGGGCAUACCCGCGCGGCCCUCCUACGGCUACCAUCACCAUCACCAGCAUCCCCAUGCGGCGGCCAUCUUUGCCACGGACGGGGGCGGCGACUCGCCCCUGAGGGGGGCCCUGGCAGUGGUGAUCUGUUCGUGCGCCGAGUAUCUGAACGGCACGAAACGUGACGUGAAGAAGGCGAGCGUAUGCAAGAAGUGCAAAGGUUCGCGCCUGCCGCUUGCCACCAUCGGGGGCGGCACUGGCGGGGGCACUGUCAGACUGCCAGCUGUCAGCAGCAGCAGCAGCAGCUGCAACGUCAACGGCAGGGGCAGCCGCCCCAUGGCUGCCACAAUGCGUGUGGUUAGUGCCACAAAGAAAUCACGUCCCUCCAUUCUGGAUCCACAGAAGGAUCCCUACGACCUGAUGCGACGCACGCGACUCCUAUCGCCGGAGCCGAGUGCCAGUGUUACCAGCAAGGACUCCCCCAGCAAGGAGGGAAAGUCACGUAGCCGCGAAACGGCCACGGUGUCCACAACGAGGGGUCGCACCCGGACCAGGGCACCGCUGCCCCCGGCAAAGGCAGCAGCAGCAGCAGCAGCAACCUCUGCGGCACCAGAGCCCGCCGACUGCUGGCUAAUGGAGGACAACGAUGCACUGCUGCAGAGCAGCGGUCUCCAAGGCAGAGCCUCCAGCGCCGGCAGCAGUCGCCGCUCCAUCCUUCGCUGCAACGUCAAUCCCUACGACCUGAUCUCAAUUGAAAAUGGGAAGCAGAACCAGCAGCAGAACCAGCAGCAGAGCCAUCAGCAGCAGCAGCAGAAGAAGAAGCAGUCGGCCAACUCCAUCUAUGCGGAUGAUUUCGAUGUGGCCGACGCCCAGCUGCACGACGACGAGCUGGAGCGCCAGCGGAGCGAGCAGCGGGAGAAGGGGAAGCGCAAGAAGUUCUAUGGGAACAAUGUGGCGGCCAUUGCCGGCCAGAGGAUUAGCCUGGGCAAGGAGAAGCCCAUAGCAAUCGAUCCGUCCGAUUCGAGUGACAGCUAUGAGCGGAUCAUUAUCGCCUCCGCCUCCGCCUCCGCCACCGCCACCUCCUACUCCUGUUCUUCGGCGGAAGCGGUGGCGCAGUCUACUCCGCCGCCUGUGGUGGGGCCGCGACGUCCGCCCCGCAAUAAAAAAGCUGAUGAGACGGCAGCCAUCCACCCGGAAGCGCCUUUAACUGCAAUAAUGCCUGUAACUCCUUCAAGGGCGACACCAACUGACGAUGAGAAUGAUGAAGAGAACGAUGAUGGUAACGAUGGCUCCGCGAUGGCCUUUACAGUGCUCACUGUGACGCCCACAAUGCCGGCCAUCAAGUCCAUACUGAAGCGCCGUCCGUCCACACUGGAGUUGCCUUCAGUCCAGUCUCCGCCGCCUCCCGCCGUCCUCCUGCCCGACGGUGGAGUGGCGCCAGUGCUGACGCCUUCGGGCAAGUCACAGUUCUACAUUCCGACGCCAACGAAGGCGACAGCUGCCACGCCCACGGCCACAGCUGCAACAGCAACAGCGAUGGCGAUGGCGAUGGCAACGGCAACAUCAACACCUACACCCACACCCACGUCCAGUGGCACACCAGGAGCGAAUGGUGCGACGAUGACGCCAACAUCCACAUCGAGUUCACGCAAAAAAGUGCAAUUUAUGGUCGAGGAUAAAAUCAUAGCCACGACAACGGAUACGGCGGCGACAACUGAUGACAGCAGCGAUGCCAGCAAUGCCAGCAAUGCCUUUGUUGGCCCAGCCACUGGGGCGGGAUCUGCUGCUGACGAAGCAACAACAACCAGGACAAACUAUGAGUACUACAAUCGCAAGAGAAAUGCAACAGCAGCAGCAGCGGCGGCGACAGCGGCAGUAGGGAGAGCGGCAGCAGCAGCAGCAGCAGCAGCGGCGGCGGCACAGCAGGAGACAUUUGCGGCUGACGUUGAUGAUGAGCAUAACUUUACAACUUCCGCUGAACCAACAGCAACAGCAGCAACAGCAGUGACAGUGGCAACAGCAACAGCAGCAGCAGCAACAGCGUUGCACAUUAAGCCGGAUAGUUUGCAUUAUGAAGAUGUGCUGCCGCCGCUGCUGUCCGGGCAUCAAAUAUUUGACAAGAGCAACAGCGACAGGAGCAGCGAACCAGCAACUGAAAUGCUGCCAAAAUUAUUAUUGCCAGCGGAGGAGGAUCCAGCAGCAACAGCGGCAUGCCACUCGGGCAUGGGGUCCCCGCAUGUGACUGCAAAUGCUGUCAGCAGCGUUUUGCCAGACGGCACCGCCACGACAGCAGCAACAGCAGCAAAAGCAGCAAAAGCAGCAGGAGUGGCCCAAGGAGCAGCAACGGCAAACCAAAAGACGACAGCAGCAAAUCGCGAUUAUGACGAUGAUGACGAGCACAACGACAAGGACGAGAGCAACGACAACAGCCACAGCAGCAGCAGCAGCACCAGAAGAAGCAGCUACAGCAACAGCAACAGCAACAACAGCAACAGCAACGACAACAACGACAUGAAUGGCCAUGGGAUGGAGGACAAGGGCGAAGAGAAGAGGGUGGCAAGGCAGAAGGAUGCGCCUGCCAGGCCUGCGGCAAGUCAAAAGCGUGCGGCACAAACGACACAAUCGCGAAAUCCCAUCAGACGGGCGCACAGCGAACGGCAUUUGUCGACCGCGCCCAUCACCGCCUCCACCGCCGCCACCAACACCGCCACCGCCACGGCCACGGCCGCCAGGAACUCCAUCGCCAGCGCCAGCACCAGCACCAGCUCCAUUUCGAAGACGACAACAUCGCCGCAUCCUCGCUCCUCGGCCCCAGCGAGUGGGCCACAGAAUGUCAUUUUAAAUUUUAAGGACACAAUGGCGCUGCGCAUAAAAAGCAACCGCAGCGACUCGAGAGAUUUAUUUCAAAGGCGUCCGACAGAGCCGCCUCCGCCGCCACCAGCAUCGCCCCCCAAGGCACUGACGGAGCCACUGACGGAGACCGCAAAAGGAUUAGAGCUUCCGCCACACGGAAUCAAUAAGUCAGUACCGACUAUGACUCCGACUCCGACUCCGGCUCCGGCCCCGAUUCUGACAUCGACUCCGGCACAGCUUCGGCAGAAGCAACAGCAGCCGCAGCAGCAGCAGCAGCAGAGGACUGUCGUGAGGGUGGCGCCCUUUAACCAGAGCGGGGAGGGAGCCCACGAAGUGCAUCGCCUGAAAAUCUCCCACAGCGAGGAGGAUGAUGACACCUAUCCGCACACGGAUCUGGGCGUGCAACUGCGCCGCAGGCCGAGCACCAGGCUGCACCUCUCGCCCGAGGAGGAGGCGACCCCCAAGAAGACGUCGAUACUGAUUAGCGGCGAUGACUGCUACUCGACAAUGAAUCUCAGUGCGGACGCGGCCCAGCCUCUGUACCAGUCCUCGGUGGUGGUCAACAGCCAGGCGGUGAGCACCGGCGGGGUGUGCAUCAACGUGAGCAGCGCCGAGGAGGAGGAGCAGCAGCUGAAUCACCUGAAUACGAUGCGGAGUCAGCAGAUGAUGGGCACGGGCCUGGGCACGGGCACGGGCAUCGCCAUCAUACCCAUCCGCAGCAGCGAGAUCAACCUGCAGCGAUCCGUGUCGUGCAUCUCCUCCACCUCGAACAGCUCCACGUCCAGCAGUGGCAGCUCCAGCGGCAGGGGGCGCACCCUCAUCCGCCUGGACUACGAGAGGGAGAGGACUGGGGCGGGCACCAGCACAACGCCCAUCAAUACGCCGCCGGCCAUCAGCUCGACGCCAGCCACGCCGCCGCCGCCGUCGCCGACCGACAGCUCGAGUCCAAGUCCUCUCGUGCAGCACGAGACGGAGCUGCUGAAGAUCCUGCGGAAUCCCGUGGAGGCAGUGAAGCGCAACCUGGUGCCCCACGUGUGCGGCCUGCGCUCGGCGGGUGGCGACACCAGUCGCGCCAAGAAGAUGCAGGAUGCCGUGACGACGAUUGUGCCGCGCAGCUGCCCCAAGGAGGGCAGCUUCAUAGCCAAGCUGCUGCAGGACCCGAUGCUGGGCCAGGUGGCCGAGGGCCUGGAGACGGAGACGGUGGCCGAGCUGAUCGAGAACUCGCUGCAGCGGCUGCAGCAGGCGCGCCAGGCCAUCGACAUGAGCGGCACCAAAGACCACGACGACAUGAAUCGCCUGAUCAGCGCCUCGCUGCAGCGGAUCCGCUCCGAGCGGACUACCAAAGAGGAGGAUCGCCUCUCCAAUCGGGGCAGCAUCAGCUCCGCCAACAGCUUCGCCUCCGCCCACAACUACGAGCUGUUUGACUUUGCCGGCGGCAACGAGUCCGACUGCUACCAGAGCUGCUCCAGCGUGCUCACCGCAUCCGGAAUCCUCGAGGAGGAGCAGCAGCAGCAGCAGCAGCAGCAGCAGCAGCAGCAGCAGCAGCAGCAGCAGCAGCAGCAGCAGCCUCAGCCUCAGCCUCAAAAGGAACCCGAGCUGGAGGCCGAGCCCGAGCUGGAUGCAGCCACAAGGGCCAAGUUCUAUCAGCUGCUGGUGGAUGCCACUCUCGCCGAGAUCGAGCACUCGACGCACACGGAGCCGGGGGUGGAGGCCGAGCACCACUACGAGUCCAUCCGGCUCAAUGGGGAUCCCAUCUACGAGGAGAUCAACGAGAAGCCGCCGCCACUGCCGCUCUCCGCACCGCCCCUGAACGAUGCCGAGCUGGAGAAGAAGGCGGCCCGGUCCAUCUUCGAGGGGGCCUCCAAGUACGACAUCCUCUCGUACCUGGUGGACGCCAAGGAGCGGGGCCUGGCCCGCGAGGAGAGCUUCGACUACAGCAACAACCCGAAGAUCAUCGAGGAGGAGGCCACGGACACGCUCAGCGAGCUGGACAAGCGCGUGGAGGACCGGGACAGUGGCCAGAGCAACAUGAACUCCCUGUCGCCGCCACCGCACAGCUUCAUCUGCGGCGGCGGCGGCGGCGGCGGCGGCCUGGGCGGCGGAGGCAAGUGCGGCAGCGACGUGGAGCGGCAGGACUCCGGGGUCGGCUCGGAGACGAGCAAAUCGUCGCGCAGCAAGUACCAGGCCACGCCCACCGUGCUGCACCUGUGCGAGGACUGCGACGGAGCGGUGGAGAUGCAGGUGGGGGAGGCGGGCGUGCUGUACGCGCCGCUCGUGUGCCGCAAGUGCGGCAAGAAGCGGGUGGAGCGCAAGGAGAUCAUCACGGAGAUUGUGGAGACGGAGGAGAAGUACGGCCGCGACCUGCAGAUCAUCCUCGAGGAGUUCUGCCACCCGAUGCUGGUGGCCGGCCUGCUCACCCAGGAGCAGCUCUCCGCAAUCUUCCUCAACACGGAAGACUUGCUCGAGAACAAUCAGACGCUGGCGGAGCGGAUGCGCGACGCCCUGGACAUGUCCCUGGAGCAGGGCGACGACGACCUGCUGACGGUCAACAUCGGACGCAUCUUCCUCGACUUCACGCAGAUGCUGCACGCCUUCGAGAGCUACUGCGUCCGGCAGGCGGGUGCCAGCCUGCUGCUGGCCAACCUCGAGAAGGAGAAGGAGCUGUUGCGCAUCUUCCUGAAGGUCUCCCAGAUGGAGAACGCCGUACUGCGGCGCAUGAAUCUCAACUCCUUCCUGAUGGUGCCCGUCCAGCGCGUGACCAAGUACCCCCUGCUGCUGGCGCGUCUCUACAAGGUGACGCCCUCGCAAAUCGACGGACGUGAGCUGCUGAAGCAGGCCCAGGAGAAAAUCGAGCUGCACUUGAACCACAUCAACCAGGAGGCCAAGGAUGUGCCCACCAAGCUCUGGCGCCGCAUCAGCUCCUCCAGCCCCAACCGGCGGGCCUCCUGCGAAAUUGAUAUGAUAAACAUCAAGCUGCGCAAAAUGGCCAUCGACGUGCUCGAGUGGAAUCACGAUGAGGUCCGCUUCGCCAUGGAGGGCAAGCUCCUCUACACACAGCCGACGGACAGCAACUGGAAGAAGGCGCGCACCAUCAAGCUCACGCCGGUCAACGCUCUGCUCGUGACCAAUGGCAAGCCAAGUGCCAAUUAUAGGGCAGAGAAGGCCAUGUCGGAUAAACUGAAUUUCCCGAAGCACACGGGCAUACGAGAGGCCUCCCUGCUGCUGGUGAAGGAGAAGUGCGGACGCUACACGCUGAUCCGGGAGCCCCUCUAUCUGGACAGAUGUGUGGUGUGCAGCGAAGCGGAUUGGGAUGAUUAUUUCGAAGUGCAGGAAAUUUCAUCGAAGGACACAUUCAUAUUCAAAGCCGAGGAUGGGGUACGGACCAAGCAGUGGUACACUCAGAUGCAGUACCAUGCCCAGGGCAUGGGGGCGUGGCGCAAGCGAAGAAACGCCCUGGCCAACAUCAUGAUCAACGGAAUGCUGGCCCGCAGCUAGCAGGAGUCCAUCCCGUCCGGUCAGGACCCAUCCCACAGCAAACCGCAGCACAGCACAGCACAGCACACACGAGUGAAACCACAUUCUGCCGGUGCGACAGAUGAUGAUGGAUAACAUACACAUACACAUACACACACACAUACAUAUACGUACGAGUACGAUUACGAUUACGAACAAUAACAAUAACAAUGGCAUAACAAUAAAUCUGAACAAUUGGUUAUGCAUUUAAUAAUGUAUUUAUGCGCUAUUAACCAACAAGCAAUUUCGUAAUUAUUUUUUAAGUGAUAAACAAUUGAAUCGAGCACGCAUAACGCUAGUUAGUGUCUACAUAAUACCUAUGCCUACAUAUGCCUACACCUAUAUCUACAUACAUAUACAUAUAUCUACAUAUCUAUGGCUAUACGUAAACGUAUACUUAUACUUAUACCUAUACACACACACACAGAUACACACACACACAAUACCAAUACCAAUACCCUAAAUACAAUGCAAUAAAAUAGAAUACAUUAAUUAAA